GACCCGACAGGUCCUUCACUGUUGACGAUGUUAACGCUGAAACUUAACCAACAUUGCGUUAUUGUUCCUUCAAAUCAAUGUUUACACGUAUUCACAAAUGUCUAGUGCGACAUUUAAGAUACUAAAUGGCUAAAGCUACAUGUCGACCCAAGUAAAAGUUUUAGAUUAGGCAGGUCUGCACUGACUCAACCAUGCCUCAGAAACCUCAGAAGAAUGCCCAGACUGCACACUACAUCGAGCUGGGGGGGUACCAGUACUGGCCGGUGCUGGUUCCCAGAGGUAUCCGGCUGUACUCUUAUGAACAAAUCCCUGCGUUUCUGAGGGAGAACCCCUACAUCACAGACGGAUACAGAGCCUACCUACCCUCCAGGCUGUGUAUCAAAAGCCUCUUCAUCCUGUCCAAUGAGUCGAUGAAUAUCUGGAGCCAUUUGUUGGGCUUCCUGCUCUUCUUCUGUCUCGGGGUAUACAACAUGUCGUCAGUGCUGCCGGCCAUCGGCGCCUCCAGAGAGGACUACGUGAUCUACUCCAUCGGAAUCUUCUGCUUCCAGCUGUGCAUGCUGUGCUCGGCGGGUUAUCACGUGUUCUGCUGCCAUCGCUCAGAGAAGACCAGCCGCCGCUGGAUGGCGCUGGACUAUGCCGGCAUAUCGAUCGGCAUCUUGGGCUGCUACGUUCCCGGAGUCUUCUACACCUUCUACUGCAACAACUACUGGCGGCAGGUGUACCUGGUGACGGUCCUGGCCAUGAUCCUGGCCGUGUUCUUCGCUCAGAUCCACCCUCAGUACCUGCUCAAGCAGUGGAAGCAGCUACGUUCGCUCAUCUUCUGCUCGGUGGCCGGGUACGGACUCAUCCCAACCGUCCACUGGAUCUGCAUCACGGGAGGCUUCUCCUCGGAGCUGGUCCAGGCUUUUGUCCCGAAGGUUCUGGGGAUGUACUUCAUCGCAGCAUUAGCCAUAGUUUUCUACGUUUCAAAAGUUCCUGAACGCUAUUUCCCAGGUCAGCUGAACUACCUGGGCUCCAGCCACCAGGUGUGGCACCUGCUGCUGGUGCUGAUGCUGUACUGGUGGCACCAGUCGUCAGGCUUCCUCAUGGCCUACAGACACAGCCAGCCCUGCCCUGAAACCCCCCCGCACAGCUAGGAGGCUGCUCGGCCCGACGGACCCGGGUCUGGAGGUCAGCGGCGACGGCCAGGCGCGCUGGGGACCGGCCUGCAGGGGUUUCAGACGGGACGGUCUCACCUGGAGGAGUGGAGCACCCGGCCGCUGCGGACCAGAACCAGAACCAGCCCAUGAUGUGAGGUGACACGUCCAAGUUCUCAGAUAAAACCGGACUCAACAUCUGGAACUGCAGCACAUCUGCACGCAUGUUUAAGUUUCUUCUCGUGUCUGCAAGUGCCUGUAAAUGAACCCAUGUAGCUUCUACAUCCCCUACAUUUGUUAAUAGUUUUUCAGCUUCAGUACAAGUGUUUUGUAAAAGGUUUUCCUUUUUAAAAUGAAACAAGACCCUGAGGACGUCUGAGCGUUUGACUCCCAUAAUACCCAGAAUCACUUUGUGACGGACCGACCACUGAAAACAGAAAAAAGGCCAAAGACUGUUGUUAAAUCUGAACCAUGUAUGAAAAAGUUUAGGAAACGUCUGUACAGUUACUCAGGUUUUAGUACCAGAUGCUGCAGAACUUGAUGUUUUGUUUUAAUACCGACGUUAAACUUAAGAAAACCUUUCCGGCACUGACGAGCGUCUGAGCUGCAGCUACUGACACGUGCACUAAAACCGGGAUCCUCCAAACGGUCCUGAUGUCAGAAUCCAGACUAGCGACCACUAAGUUACUGCAGGAGUGAAGCGCCGUGGACUUGAGCGUGUUGGGCCAACGCGGCCGAGGCAGCUGGGGUUCUACUCGGACUUGAUUAUUAUUGUUAUUUGACUCCAUAAGACUAAAUAACUUACCUGUACGAAGUCUCCAGAGGCCUGUGUGACAUCAGGGUUCAUCAACUAGAUAACGUUGAUCUGCGGCUGCAGGAGUUCAGCACCGGGUCAAAGUAAACCUCAGCGACAUUAACGGACUCCUCGCAUAAUCUCUGUGCAUAAAUCAGUCAGCUUUCGACCACGCUAGUGUUUUAAUGACUUGAUUCAGAAAUGCAGCAGAUGAAACGGUUCAUAUUUAGUCCCGGUAACGCUAGGCUGUCUGCAUGAUCGCCCUGGUAAAGUCCCGCGUAUUUGGUUGCCGUGACGACCUGAGUAACGUGGGUUCAGGGUAGGAACGAACCGAGUACCGUGUAGUUUAGGAGCGAUGAGGAUAAUUCACCUCUAGGAUUCAAAUCGGUUACUCGGUUUGAAAGCGUGUCAUGAAAGGACUCGUUCUGUUACGGAGAAAAAUGUAAAGAGGCAGAAUUACUUCUAAUAAAACCUUUAGUCCAUGUUAAUGUCUUAGUGUAACUGAGGUUGAAUAUGUUCAACAUGAAUUAUGUCAGUCGGUUUGUGUUAAAACAGUUGCAGAUGUUGGGGCUGCAUCCAUGUAUAUUUAUGUUUUAGGUUUUUGUUUUUAAAUUAUUCAUCACAAACCUGCUCUGCAGCGUCUGUAAGAAGAGUUUCAUACUCCGUCAUCAGCGGCGUGUCAGACGCCUUUUGUAGCAGAAGUUUUGUAUCUUUUUGUACGAGAGCUAUAGACCUGCUGAACUCCAUUACGAAUAAAAUUAACAGAUUGUUGAAUUUG